AUGCAGGCGGUGCGCUUCGGCGUUUCACAGCCGGCGCGGUACCUGCGCUCAAGUGCAGCAUGCAAAGACGCGGGUGCAGGUAGCGGUGGUGUGCGCACAGACCAGAAGUCAUACGAGACGAUCACGGUGCUACAAGACGAGGACUGUGACCCUGCCAACAUCCCGAUCGGCUCCGCACAUCCGCUCUUCGCGCCCGGUCUGCUGCAGCUGGAGCUGAACCCGAACGUCUCGAAGGUGGGCGGCAGCCGUGUUGAUGAGUUGUUUGUGCUGAGCGAGCAGCGGAAAGAGAUGCGUCGUGACGAGGAGGCCUUCUGGGAGCGUGUCGAGCUCAUCCGCCGCAGCCAGCUUGCCACGAUCCCUAAGGGUGGUGUGAAGCGUGGCUACGCGAACAUGUCUGCCACGGUCCAAGACACCAUCGAAGAGAAGGUGCAGCUGCGCUUUACACAGUGA